UGUUUCAGGACACUGUGCUGCAAAGGACCGCCCUCUCCCAGACCUGAGUAUGACCUGGUGUGUAUUGGACUCACCGGCUCAGGGAAGACCAGUCUACUGUCCAGACUCUGCAGUGAAGCCACAGACAACAUCGGGCCAACCACGGGUGAGACUCGCUUCACCAGAAGAAAUCACUUUUCAAGUCCAAAUGCUCCUUACACAGAUAGGCCUAUACCACGUUUUUUUGCAGUACAACAUUCAAGUAUACCAUGCACUGAAACAUUUAACCAUCAGUAGUUAAGUGGUGAGCAUUCAGACAUCUUCCCUACCUGCUGAAAGAACAGGAUAUAAGCCUUUCCCAACACAUGUGCAUGUGCUUUAGGCCUACAUGUGCUGAAUACAUGUGCUUUCUCUUGCCGCUUAUUAAGCAAGGUCUGCCAUAUCUCCCCGUGUGAAGCUUUACAUGUCAUUCUCUUUUCUAGGUUUUAGCAUCAAAGCUGUUCCAUUCCAGAAUGCCGUUCUAAACGUGAAGGAACUCGGAGGUAAUUCCUUCACCUAUUUUCGUUCGUGA